GCGAUUUCGAACAUUAACUUCGUCUUGAUUAGAUCUUUCUGUGUAAAAUUUCAUUCAAUUUAUGAUCAGUUGUUGCUCACGAAAGAUUUCGACUUUGCAUUUGAAUUCUCUGUUAUUCAAAGGAAUCUGAAUUUUGGGUUUUCCCGAUCGCUCUUAAAUUUUUCAGUUUCAUGUUGAAAUGUUGAAUCUUUGAUUGAAAGUUUCAAUCUUUCAUUUUGGUUCCUCUCAGUGUUCAUAUUAGACACAAGUGAGCUAGCUUUGAGAAAGAUUCAAUUUUUGAGCCUUAAGAUUGUGAUGGGAGUUGUGUCUAUUUCAAGUUCAGCUGCAAGAUCUCCACUCGGGUUGGGCAACGAUCUUUUGACACAUCGGUCUUCACUUAAAAAGCCAUCCAUUGUUGCUUUUAAAGCCGAUGAUUCCAGCAAUUCAGCUUUGAUCAUUCCUCCUCGUGAGCAAGUUUUGAUUCCUGCUGAAAAGCAUAAUGAGAAGAAGAGAGAAGUAACGAGGAGAAAGCCUUGUAAAACCCCGAAAAAACCGCUUUCCUUGGAACAUAAUUCGGCUCCUUCGUGUUCGUUAGGAGUAGAUUACAAUGAAGCUGCUGCAAGACUUGAAAGCAUAUACAAGCUUAGUCCUGCAACAACCACAUUAGUCGAGGAUGAUGUUGAAGAUGGCGGCUCUAAAGCCAAAGUUUCACGGAGGAGAAAAAGGAAAGAAAGUGGUGAGGAGAAGAAAGUGGUUGUGAGGAAUAAUGUGAAGAAGGAAAAACGUAUGAGUCUUGAUAAACGGAUUGCUUUGAAGAGAAACGUUCAAGAGAAACCAGUCGUUGCUUCUGUUGAUAAGAAAGUAACAAAGAGGCAGCAAGAAGAGGAGAAGAUCGAGAGGCUUGUGCGGGACUAUUCAGCUUCUAAUGAUAUAGUGAGCUUGGACUGGAAAAAAAUGAAGAUACCUCCUGUUCUUUCUUCUACUGAACAUGCUUGGUUGUUCAAGUUGAUGCAACCUAUGAAGGCUCUUCUUGAAGUGAAAGAUGUAUUGCAAAAGAGCUUGGGAAGAGAGCCUAGGGAAGCUGAAAUAGCCGGGGAGAUCAAUAUGACUGCGGGUGAAGUAAAAAAGAAAAUCGAAAUAGGUAGAGCUGCAAGAAACAAACUUAUUAAGCACAAUCUCCGGCUUGUCUUGUUUGUUAUGAACAAAUACUUUCAUGAGUUUACCAACGGACCAAAAUUCCAAGACCUUUGUCAAGCGGGUAUGAGAGGGCUUAUCACAGCAAUUGACCGCUUUGAGCCGAAAAGGAAGUUUCGUCUUUCGACUUAUGGUUUGUUUUGGAUUAGACAUGCCAUCAUACGGUCAAUGACAACUUCAAACUUCACUCGUGUCCCAUUUGGACUUGAAUCGGUUAGAGUGGAGAUAUAUAAAGCAAAGACUGAGCUAUGGUUUGAGAUGGGAAGACCUCCAACGGAGGACGAGGUAGUUGAGAGACUCAAGAUAACACCUGAGAGAUACCGUGAAGUAUUGAGGGCUGCAAAACCGGUUUUGUCACUAAAUUCAAAACAUUCGGUUACUCAAGAAGAAUUCAUCAACGGAAUCACAGAUGUUGAUGGUGUUGGAGCUAAUAACAGCAGACAGCCUGCUCUUCUCAGGCUCGCUCUCGACGAUGUGCUCGAUUCAUUGAAGCCGAAAGAGAGUCUGGUUAUUCGACAGAGGUACGGUCUUGAUGGAAAAGGCGACAGGACUCUAGGAGAGAUAGCUGGAAAUCUCAACAUCUCUAGAGAAAUGGUUAGGAAACAUGAAGUCAAGGCCUUGAUGAAGCUUAAGCAUCAGGCCAGAGUUGAUUACCUUCGUCAAUACAUCGUCUAAAACCAAACCGAACCGAACUGAGCCGCCUCACUCAACCAUUUGUGCAUACUUGGUAUGAUUUCCCGACUUUACGAGAUACUUCACACCCUCUUAUAACCGUUGUAUAGUUGUGUAUGUAAUAGCGGAGUUACUUAUAGCUGCGUUAAAUCGAUCAGUGAAUCGCAAUCGUUGUAUUAUAUCAUUAGUAUACUCAUACUGAAAAGUUAUACAUGUAAAGUUUGAGAUAUGUUAUGCAUUAUCUUCACAAAAUUGAACGUAGUGAUUCCUAAGAAAAUGGAAUCAAUAGACGGGUUUGUAUAGUAAUUUACUAAUUUUAG